GGGGAGGGGGGAGCUCCCCCGCAGAGCCGCGGCUGCGGGGCCCGGCCAUGUGCCGAGCGUGGCUGCUGCCGGUUCCGCUCCACGCCGCAGCCGCGUCCGCGCCUCGCGGGUUCAUCUUCAUCAUCUGCUAAUUAUUUUCAACUGUUUCUUGUUUGCGUUGGCGCUCUCCGAGGGGAGGCUUCGGGAGCCGCGGUCCUCACCUGCGAGAUCCGGCACAAUUCCCCCACUGAAGGCUGUUAAUGGAGAAGAGUGCGGAUGACAGCCGGGACCGUGGUCAUCACAGGUGGAAUAUUAGCGACUGUCAUUUUGCUUUGUAUCAUCGCCGUCCUCUGCUACUGUAGGCUCCAGUACUACUGCUGCAAGAAGGAUGAGUCCGAGGAGGACGAGGAGGAGCCCGACUUCGCUGUGCACUCCCACAUGCCGCCGCUCCACUGCAACCGCAACAUAGUGCUGACCAACGGCCCUUCCCUCUACCCCUCGUCCCCCUUCAGCAAGAAGCCAGCGCCGAACCGGCCCAGCUGCCCCAGCUGCGCGCCCUACGAGCCCCCCACCUUCCUGCUGCAGGAGCCCCCCGAGGAGCUGCACAACGGCGGCGACCGCGUGAGCUACACGACGGUGAGCCAGGAGGACCUGGAGCUGCCGGUGAGCGUGGCCAACCUGCAGGCGCUCAACCCCAACCGGCUCUCGGCCAUGCGCGAGGCCUUCUCCCGCAGCCGCAGCAUCAGCACAGAUGUGUGAGGUGCUGGCUGCCCGCCCAGCCCGCAGCAGCACUGCGCCUCGCCGCCGCCACAGCGCAGCCCGCAGCAGCACUGCGUGCCUUGCUGCUGCAGCAGUUCAUGGGAGAGUUUUGAAAAAGAAAGAAAAAGGGAAAAAAUGAAUGUGUUUCUGCACUCUGUAUGCAGAGGCAUGCUAAAUGGCAGUACGGAGGGGUAGCAAGAAACCAAACCCAAUAGGGGAGCAUGGGGGAGGACAGCUGCAGCUGGGACACAAGGUUUUCUAGUGCUGCGUUGCAUCUUUUUUCCUUUUAUAAAGAGGGUUUUGAUAUUGUGCAUCCUUUUAUACAGAGUAAACGCCCCCCCCCCCACCGUUCGGCUGAGCGCUGACGAGCAAGUGAUGGGGCACAUGGUUGGCUGCAAAAGGGCUCGUGCUGCAAGUCAGCAGGCGCCUGCUGCCGGGCCGUGGGGACACGCUGCAGCCGACAGCGCCUGGCUCUAGUGCACAUACACACACACAUGUGUGUAUAUAUAUAUAUAUAUAUACACACACGCAGACCCCCCCAUGUCCAUUGCAAAGCAGGGUCCUUUUGCCCACCCUCCUGCCACCCCUGCUGCACUGCUCCAUAGUGCAGCCCUGUGUGUGUGUGUGCGCACAGCCCUGCCCUAUGCCCAGCCCAUCUCACUCAUGUUGGUCGCUUAUUCCCAGGUGUGAGGUGCAGUCCCCUCAGGGUUGGGAUGGCCGGUGGGAGCGCGGCACUGCCCCCGGAGCCCCCAGGGUGGCCCCAUGGCUCCCCAGCAGAGCUGGGCUGGGGAGGGCAGUUUGCAAACCUAUUGUAUUGCCUGGCUGUGGGAAUAACACACAGUGCAAUUUCGGAUGGAGGAAUACACCCACAGCUGCCCUCUCCGAAUAAUCAGCACCCCUGCUUCAAAUAAUGAAUCCCACAUGUGACUUCUGAUUGAGCACAGAGCAAGCAAGACCAUGACCAUGUAUGUGCCCACCCUCCUGCAUGCACAUUCUUACAUGCAUUUGUGGGGUUUUUUUUUAACAAAAAAAGCCAUGACACUUUCUGUCCAUCCAGGAAUGUGUCAAAACAGAUUUAGGCAAAGCACCUCUUUUGCAUUUUUCCUCCAGCCUUUUCCCACGGCUAGGCAGCCUGGCCCAGCGCAGAGCCAUGUCCCCUGCACUGAAUGUGCUGUGUGGGGAUGCUCCUGCUCUGGUUUUCCUCCUGUCUGUCCGGAUUCCCUCCUCCAGCCUCAUGCUGCUCCCAGUUUGUCUGACAGAACACUCUCCUUCUCCUGGAUUGUGCAUUAUUCAGAUUAAAAGCACCGCGUUGGACCUGGGGACAGUGGCGGGGGACGGACUGGCUGCAAAAGGACUCUGAUGGCCUCGGCGCUGUGCUCUGCAUCAGCUCCAUUUUAAAGAUGUGAUGGGAAGGAGAAGCCGUGGCUUCAGCCCCGUCAGCUCCCGCACACUGUACACACCCAGCUGGACAUUUUACUUUUAACCAUGACGGUUUUUAAUUCCACAGCAAAUCUUUUGAAGUACGAGUCAGUCUUUGCAAAUGCGUAUCUUUGACUUUCUCUGGGGAGGGUCUAUUUGGGGUGGGAGGGGGCUGGGUUUUGUUUCGUAUGUGUUUAAUAUUCCGGGCUUGGUCCGUGUGGUGCCAUAUCCCCGGAGCACAAUGCCUCUGCUCUGGGGGUCGGCGCCGCCUGGACCCUGCUCCCGUGUACAGUGCUCACCGGGUUCGUUUCCACGCAUCAAGUCCUCCUCUUGGCAUUUCUUGUGACUGUACUUCUCUCACCAGCCUUCCUUCCUUCUUUCCUUCUUUACUUCCUUCCUUCUUUCCUUCUUUACUUCCUUCCUUCCUCGCUUCCUUCCUUCCUCUAUAGCUUGGAAAACUAAGCAGAGGGUUGGUUGGCCUUCACUAACCUUUAACUGGUGAUCUGUUGUACAGGGAAUCAUGGGGGGUGGGGGGGCGGGGGGGGAGAAGAAGAAAAAAAAAGAAAUAAAUGACUUUGUCCUGGGC